UGGUGCACUGUGUCCCUCGGACACAGCGGAUCACAGAUCCACAGAAAGAGCCGAAGAUGUUGGCUCGGUCAUGUGAUCAGCUGUAUCCAAUCACAGCUGAUCACAUCAGUGCCACCUGUCAGUGUCCAUCAGUGCCAGCUGCCAGUGCCCAUCAGUGCCACAUUUCAGUGCCUACCAGUGCACAUCUGAGCUGCCUUUCAGUGUCACCCAUCAGUGCCAGUCAGUGCCACCUAUCAAUGCCAGUCAGUGCCACCUAUCAGUGCUGCCAAUCAGUGCCAGUCAGUGUUGCCUGCCAGUGUUGCCUAUCAGUGCGCAUCAGUGCCACCUAUCAGUCUGCAUCAGUGCUGCCUAACAGUGCCAGUGGGUGCCGCCUAUCAGUGCCAGUCAGUGCCGCCUAUCAGUGCCAGUCAGUGCCGCCUAUCAGUGCCAUAUAUGAG